AGUUACAUACCUACUCGCAGGCGACGUGCCAGAGAGCGCGUCGCAGCGCAUCUCUGGCGUCCCGUCCCAGCGCUGAGCUCUUAUCCACAGACACUCCCUGCCUCCUUCUCCCCGAUGUCGUCUCUCUUUUCCGCGCAGCUUCAUCCCGGCCGGGCGCUGGGCUUCCUGGUGCUCGGCGCCUCGUUGCACGACGUCCUGACCCGCCUCAAGGCGGAGCCCCAACGGUUCCCAAAGCUCGACCUCGUCUACUCCCCGACCGAGCCGGUGAAAGAGCCAGUCGUCCUCGGCCUGCCCGCAAAUGGGAUACGCCUGCGCUUCGAUGGACCAGAACAACGGUUGCGGCUGAUCGAGAUCCUCGACUUCACCAAGAACCACAUCUUUCUGAAGCCGGCCAACGACAAGGAGCGGGACCUCGUCCGCCCCACGAGCACCGCCUCAGAGGCAACAGCCCCCGCCGACGCCGCACCGGGCCCCACGUUCCGUCACAUCUACCAGCGGUUCCUGGGGCCUACAUAUGAUGGGGAAUACGUGCCAGACGCUGAGACGUAUGUGCUGUCAUACCCGGGCGUGGCUUUCACCUUCCCCAUGAGACGCAAAGACUAUUCGCCAGCCAAGGACGUCGUGUCGCUGCUGUCCUCCACAGCGAUCCCAAGCUCCAUGGCCGUGUUCAGCGGCGAUUCCUGGGCCCAGGCCCGCGAAACGAUGUGGACAGAGAUCCUCCCCAGCCUCAAGACGUUCGCGCCCCUGGCCAAGGGGAAGGACGUUUUUCCGGAUGAAGUUUCGCUGGUGAAGAUACAUGGCGGCGGCAAGCUGCAGCUGUUCCGGAAGUGGACUAACGCCUCGUUCUGGAUCAUGCUGGGCGAGACCACGCCGCAGCAGCUGGUCGCCGAGCUGGGACCGCCCGACGCCAUCUACCGCAAAAACGACCAGCGCAUGUACAUCCACAAGCUCCGUGCUGCGAGCAACACCAUGGCGCGACCCAGCGGAAAUGAUCUGAAGCGCCAGGACGAUCUGACAGAUACGGACCAAUCCUCACACCCCGCGUCAGAUGAGUACGACUCCAACGACGAAGCUGUCGAGGACAGCACCGUGGCGAACGUCUCGGGCGAGUGCUUCUACAACUACUUCUAUCUCGGAUUCGAUGUGCUGGUCUCGACACCCACAACACCCUGCCGACCGCCGCCGUCGCAAGUCGGCAACCCCAGCAUCCCUGAGCCGCCAUUCCGCUCAACCCACGCCGACCGACUGGUCGCCACAAAGGUGAUCCUCCACGGCAACGUACCGGGAUCCUACCCCUUCAACCGGCACCGGCGCUGCCGCUGGGAAAUAAGCUACCUCCAAGAGCCGUCCGACGCCGCCGCGGCAACAACAACAACAGCCAACUCGGAGAUGCCCUUCCCGGAGAUCGAGGCGCGGCUCCGCGAGGAGUGGAAGUCCAUCUACCCGUCCGAGGCCGAGGCCCGGCAGAAGCAGCGCGGGAUGGUGCUCAACCGCGGCUGGGGCGACAGCCCCGGCAGCAGCUGCGAGCUGCUGGGCGGCUGGGAGGAGAGCGGCGGGACCAACCCCGGCGUCGGCAAGGGCCGCGGCGAGGAGUCGACCACGACGCUGUAUGGCUUUCCGGGACUGGUGUUUGAGGUGCUGAAGAAUGGGUAUGUGAGUGCCGUCACGGUUUUCUGAGGCGCUUUUGGAUGGGGUGGUUGGAAUGGUUGGAUGGUGUUCUGGCGUUGGGUGUUGGGUUGAGGGUUCAGGGGCUUCAGCUCUGCGAGGAGCUAGAGGAAUCGGGGGUUUGAUUACUUGGGUGUUUUGCAUGUUUCUAUCCAUUCAUAGCAUCCUGCCUGCCGGCUGUUGGGGUCUUUUGGUGACAGGACACAGCGCAUCCUGUCCCUUUUCUGCUGGUUUUAGCAUCACGUCUUAGGGAGCAGAGCAUUGCCUACCCGCCUUAAUAGAAGGCGUCUCAAGCAAGGAACCCUAAUAAUUCGCAAACGAAGCACGUCCAGUCUGAAAGCCGCACGCAGAAAUCG